AUGGCAUUAGCUCCACAGCAGCCAAGGUUCACCAAAUCUCACCACACACUGCACUGGACCGCACCAGUUGCCAACCAGCGCGUUCGCAUGUGUGGUACAGUCAGCCCACUUACAGGCUCCUCCAGCCCACCACCUGCCUUAGGAAACACCACCCUGUGCCCACCCUCCGCCAUCUGCACUCACAUUCAGCCCACCCUCAGCCCACCACCUACCACCCUAUACUCUCUUAGAGAACACCAUCACUGUCCCUAUCCCGAGGUCACCCUCCGUCCACCUUUUGUCCCCACCCCUAGACCACUCUACGUCCACCCUGUCGCCCACCCUGUCGCCCACCCUCAGCCCAUGCCAACCCACCUUCAGCCCACUUCCAUCCUUACCUUUGCCCACCCUAUCCCGCUCACCUAUCCCGCUCACAGACCACUCCUAACCCCACCUUCUGUCCCCACCCUCAACCCACCUCCAGCCCACCUCCAACCCGCCUCCACCUCCAGUCCACCUCCAACCCGCCUCCACCUCCUUCCUUGUUCCUUCGAAAGCCUUUGCAUCGCUAGGCUGCAGCGCGUGCCUACCCACUUCAAAAAAAACAAAGGGUCUGACACAGAGCCGUUAACGACACUCAAGCUUAAGUGUAAAAGGAGCCCAAAGAGCGACAGUAGUGUAGUUGAUAUACUGAUUAUGAUUAUUACAGCAAUACAGCGGCUGCGUAAUGGCGGGGCUCCAAACGACCUGCAGCCCCUCAACCCUGAGGAGGCGCGGCCCUGCCCCGCCAACCCUUCCCGCCCGGCCGGCUCUCGUGAGGGCUCCGGCGGCCAGAGCUUCCAGCGAGUGGAUGGGGGCGAGAAAGCCAUUACAUUAACGAGUCUCCUAAUUAAAUAUACAAUUAGCCGAAGGAGACCAGGCAACAAUAGGACGCAGGGGCCUUCGACGCCAGUGGGACAGACCGAGACAGGCCGAUGGGUGUAG